CCCGGGGCGCUGCGGCAGGCGCUGCGGCGGCGCUUCCUGGCCCUGGAGCAGCUGCGCUGGAUGGUGCUGGACGAGGCGGACGUGCUGAUGGACGAGUCCUUCGCGGAGCCGCUGGAGGAGAUCCUGGCACACGCGCCCUUGGCCGCCGGGGCCCCCGGGCCGGCCGGCCCCGACGAGGUGAGGACCCAGGUGGUGGUGGUGGGAGCCACCUUCCCCACGGGCCUGAGCGAGAUGCUGCGGAAGUUCACGGACGUGGGCCAGUUUCUCACCCUCGGCACCCAGAGCCUGCACCGUCUGCCGCCCCACGUCCAGCAGAAGUUUGUCCGCCUCAAAGGCCGGGACAAGCUGCCUGAGCUGCUGCACCUUCUCAAGGAGCACCCAGCAUCCGGCGGGGCCGUUCUCAUCUUCUGCAACAGUGCCAGCACUGUCAACUGGAUGGGCUAUAUCCUGGAUGACCACAAAAUCAAGCACCUGAGGUUGCAGGGACAGAUGUCAGCAGCUGCCAGAGCUGGCAUCUUUGCCUCCUUCCAGAAGGGUGACGUGUCGGUCCUCGUCUGCACUGACCUUGCCUCGCGGGGGCUGGACACCAGCAGCGUGCAGCUAGUGGUGAACUACGACUUCCCAGACACGCUGCAGGACUACCUGCACCGCGUGGGGCGAGUGGGGCGGGUUGGAAGUAAGGCUCCUGGAGCCGUGGUUAGUUUUGUCACCCAUCGGUGGGAUGUGGACCUGGUGCGGAAAAUAGAGACUGCAGCCCGGAAAAGAACAGGUCUCCCCGGCCUGGAUGCCUCUAUUAAUAAGCCUCCACCUAAAGGAGGUUGAUUCGUUGCCAGGCAGUAACAAAUGGCCUGGUAGAGUCUAAGCUUGAAGUCCUUAAGGCAGAGGGGAUGAGCUCCUGUGUGUAAACAGAAUUGAGUUUCAGAACCAGGUGAUAGGGUUAACCGUGCACUGUUCUGGAAGCUGCAACAGUCUUCUCCACAGGCAUCACAACUCACAGUUUUCCAAAAGGAAACCAGUAAGUGAGUAACAAAAUGCCUUUGGAGAAGACUGAAGAAUCAGCUUAUCAGUUGAUUCAAUUACAGAUACAUGUAGAAAGACUAAAGGACAAGUUGUAUUUUAUUUUCUUGUGAUGUAGCAGUUCAGAGAAUUCUAGCUAAGGUUAGGUGGGAAUGAGAAGGCACAAUAAAGCUUGAGGCUUUUUCAAGGUCUUAAUUUGUCAUGUUAUGGUUAUCUUUCACUGAGGUGAUCUUGCUGCUUUGUGUUCUGUUAAAUUAAAAGAAAAAGCGCCUUU